GGCAGGCCAGACAUUGGCACUAGCCUCUCCGAGGAGGGGGCACUCAGUUCCUCUCGUGUGCCUUCGUGUUUCAUUACAUCUUGAGUUGAAGAAAAAAGAAGAGGGAAAAGUGUCUCCAAUUUUCCUCCUGCAAACACCCGAGAAAUAUCAAACCGAGAUUUGAGAUUAAUUAACGAUAAAACUGCGGGUGUUUUCACGAUCAAGGGGACUUGGUUAUCACGAGAAUAGAACAACAAUCGGUGAAACACAUCUUCCGCCAUUCUAGAUUUCACGGUUUAGGGGAGAGACCCUUCCCAAGAGGAUUUUCAGAAUGUCUCUCUGGGCAAAAGCACAGCAGCUGCCCCAGGAGUCACUGCAGCAGGUGCGCUCAGUGUAUGGGGAGCAUUUUCCCAUUGAAGUGAGACACUUCUUGUCGUCAUGGAUCGAGGAGAAAAUGUGGACUGACAUCGAGCCAGACAACCCGCAGUACGAGCAAUACACAACGAACCUCGUGGGUUCAUUGAUCCAGGAACUAGAGACAAAAGCAGCCUCUCUCCACACAGAAGACCUCUUCCUCACGAAGCUCAAGUUGAUCGAGGCAGCGAAGACCUUUCGUCAGCGUUACUCCCAGAAUCCAGCGACCCUCUUCCGCAUAAUCCGCCACUGCCUGGGGACCGAGAUGAAGCUGGUGGCGCAGGUGGAGAACCUGGGAGGAGCCCUGAUGAGCAUGGCGCAUGGCAGAGUGGGUCUGAUGGUUGGUGAUGCAGUGGCAGAAAUAGCACAGCAAGUGGAGGCUCUUCGUCGCAGGACCCAGGAGACUGGAGAGGACCUUCGCAAGAUGGAGCAGGAGCAGGAGGCCUUCGCCAUCAGUUACCACGAGUGCACGAAGGUCAAUGCUCACCUCCAACAACUGGCAACUCACCCCCAGAGCCAGCAGAGCAUUGAGGCAGAGAAGAAACUCAGACGACAGAAGGAGCAGCAGGAGCAGCUUCUCAAUCACAAAGUGGCCAGUCUCAUGCAGCUGCGUUUGACACUCGCUGACAAGCUCAAGGACACCAUCACCAGACUCGCCAGUCUGCAGUCUCGAGUCCUGGAUGAGGAGCUCAUCAGGUGGAAGAGAGACCAGCAAUUGGCAGGUAACGGAGCGCCCUUCAACAGCACCCUGGACUCCAUCCAGGAGUGGUGUGACAGUUUAGCCGAGUUGAUUUGGUUGAAUCGUCAGCAGAUAAAGGAGGCAGAGCGACUCAAGCAGAAGUUGGCGCUGGAUCCCCCAGGUGUCCAGGACAUCCUCCCGACCUUGAACUCCCAGAUAACCCAGCUGCUGAGUUCCUUAGUGACAAGUACAUUCAUAAUCGAGAAGCAGCCGCCCCAGGUCAUGAAGACAAACACAAGGUUCACGAGUACAGUGAGACUGCUGGUCGGUGGAAAGUUGAAUGUUCACAUGACACCCCCUCAGGUGAAGGUCUCGAUCACCAGCGAGGCCCAGGCAAACUCCCUCCUGAAGAACGACAAGAUGACGAAGAGUGGAGAGGCCAGUGGUGAGAUUCUCAACAACACUGGCACCAUGGAGUACCAUCAGGCCACCAGACAGCUGUCCGUAAGCUUCAGGAAUAUGCAGCUGAAGAAGAUCAAAAGGGCAGAGAAAAAGGGAACGGAGUCUGUGAUGGACGAGAAGUUCUCGCUGCUGUUCCAGUCGCAGUUCAGCGUUGGAGGGGGCGAACUUGUGUUCCAGGUGUGGACACUGAGCCUCCCAGUGGUGGUUAUUGUCCAUGGAAACCAGGAGCCCCACGCCUGGGCCACUGUCACCUGGGACAAUGCCUUCGCCGAGCCCGGGAGAGUGCCAUUUGCAGUUCCAGACAGGGUGCCUUGGUCACAGGUGGCUGAGGCACUCAACGUCAAGUUCAGAUCGGCAACAGGCAGGUCCCUGAUGGAGGACAAUCUUCGGUUUCUCGCGGAGAAGGCGUUCAGAGGGGGUGUGGGCAGUGUAGCCAAUCCUGGAGCCACUCCAUCUCCAAAUAUGUCAGGCCAAGAGCAGGAUUACUCGAAUCUCCAUCUGAGCUGGGCUCAGUUUUGCAAGGAGCCUCUGCCAGAGCGCAAUUUCACCUUCUGGGAGUGGUUCUAUGCGGUGAUGAAACUGACGAGGGAGCACCUGAGGGGACCCUGGAUCGACGGUUACAUUCUGGGAUUUGUUAGGAAGAAGCAGGCUGAGGAGAUGCUGGCCUCAUGUCCCUCGGGCACAUUUUUAAUGCGUUUCUCAGACUCCGAGCUCGGUGGCGUCACCAUCGCCUGGGUCGGCGAUCAGUCUGAGGUCUUUAUGCUCCAGCCAUUCACCAGCAAGGACUUUGCCAUCAGGAGUCUUGCUGACAGGGUCUCUGAUCUCCAUCAUCUAUUGUAUCUUUAUCCUGAUCUAUCCAAGGAUCAGGCAUUCUCCAAGUACUACACUCCAUUCACUGAGAAUCAACCGACUUCGAAUAAUGGUUAUGUCAAGCCAUUACUCGUGACACAUGUGCCAGGAUGGGGUGGCCCUGGGGUGGGGGGACAGACACCAUCGCAUUCUUCCAUCGUUGGAAUUGGCGGUGGGGGACAGGGGGGACAUGGGGGCAGCUAUCCAGCUACUCCUUCCACUAUGUUCCAGGCACACAGCCCGGAUCCCUCGGUCACCAGGGAUACACCGUCCGUUGCUUCGAGCUAUGCUCCGGGCCUCGGUCAGUCGGGUGUUGGUCGACCAAGUGACAUGGACUACGUGGAAUUGAUGGGACACAGUGAUCUGGCGUCAAUCGAUGAAAAUCUCAACCUGGAUCAGCUCAAUGGAUUUGGGUUUGGUGAAUUUAUGCAGACUUACAAGCCCCAGUAGGUACGUUCACCAGCAAUAUCCAUCAGCAAAGAGAGGCCCUCAAAUAUCUCCAGACCAUCAAAGAAAAUUUACGAAUUUUUGUUUUCAUUUUGAAGGGCUUUUUUUGAGCCUUAAAAUGAGACUUGACUCGUCCAAAUGGCAUCGUUGGGUCAGGAGUUAUUGAAGAUCAAAGGGAGGUUCGUUUUACCUCUUCUGUCCCUCAUUGGGGGAUGGAAAAAAUUAUUUCGCAUGAGAAAGCUAUAUUUUUUUUUAUUGUGGAAUGGUUGGGGGAUGAGUGAGAGAAUUUGAGGGGGAGAUAUCCUCGUUAUUUUGAUGCACAGAAUGCCACGUGUACGUGAUAAGUAGUUAACGAAAGGUUAUUGAUGUAAUUAUUGUGUACGCAUUUGGUGGAUGCAAACAUAUUUUUGAUGACUGUUUAAAUUUAAGAGUUUAAGAGGUGAAUUGGGUGGGACAUUACGGGGAGAUCUUGAGAAUUAUAAACAGAGAAUUAUUCCUAAAGAGGAGGAUUAUCGGUUUUAAAGGAGUGGGGUAGAACAGGAUGGCUUUUUCGUCAAUAUCUUCAGUUUGGCAGAGUGAAAUUCAAACUUUUUUCUUUCAUUUUCAAGAUAUUUUUUCACGCCUCAAAAUGAGCACCGACUCGUCGAAAUCGCAUCGUUAGUUCGCAAGAUAUUGAAGAUUGAAAAUUUGAACUUCACGUCAUCCUGUAUUGCCACUUGAAUUUUCUUCAGCAUUUUCACUUUUUGAGUUUGUAACGACGAUCGCUGGACAAUGAAAUGCGUAUUCAUACUUUAUACCGAUAUUUCCUCUCCCCCCCCAAGUGCAAUGACGAAAACUAAGUGCUUUUUGUUACUUGUUAAAUAUCUAUUUCAUUGUAUUUAUAUAGUUGAUUUUUAUUUACUCUCUUUUAAGGGGUACAUUAAGUACAGUUAAACUAGAAUUACAAUGAACCUUGCGAUCGUUGCUAUAUAAGUAUCACAAUUACGUUCUGCGUGUCAACAAUACAUUUUAGCGUCCCAAAGGAUAGGAUACUGCGCAAUUUAUCAUAAGAAAUUAUAAUUACAAGCUUAUUACUCAGCAAGCCAGAGUGCUGUAGCUUUUAUAGAAUAAGCGCUCUCAUUUCUCUCCAAGAACGAUGAAAAAACCAUCCUCUAUUAUUAUGAUUAUUUCAUUUUGCAAAUUUAUUACUAUUUUUUACCCAAAACUUUAACUUUGUCGAUCGAAGAAAUUGCACUGGAAUGAUUGGGAGAAGUUUUACGAGCCCAUAAAAUUUGAGAUGAUGUUUUUAAUGUAGUAGGACUCGAUGUACCACGAUAUAACUGUUUUAAUUGGAGUUAAUGGUAAAAGACGUUGAGAAUAAGCCGACACAAUCGUUGGUCACCAGGGGUGCCUUAGGUUAAAGAGUAGUUUGUGGUGGACCAAUGCAGGAAAGUGGAAUAUUUGUUGGUAUUGUAUAAAAGAGUCGAAGCACUCUCGUCACCCCUAGCUCACCUCGAGGUUAUGAUGGAGAAUGUACGAGGCAAUGCCAUUCCCCAAGAGGUGACUGUAAAUAAAUGCUGACGAGAGUGAUCACUAGGCAAAAUGAGACACAAUGACAAUAACGUUGAUGAUCAUUUUGUCUCAAUUAUUUCGUCAAUUACAUUAUUGUAUUUUAAGUUUCUCUGCAACGAAUGGUGUUGCAAUUUUAAUAAACAUUUUUGAUGAUCUAGAGGUGACGAGUAAUCAUCGUAAUUGUGAACUAACUUUGUGAUUUUUUUUUUUUUUUUUCGUGGAUUAAUUACGGUGAUUGUACGACGAGAUGUUGAUGAUGUAUGAGCAUUACUUGGAAUGUAAUUAUGUUCAGAGGAUUAAAGAACUAUUCACUGCUA